AUGUCUGAUCUAUUGAACCGAGCUGGUAUGGUUGACUGCAAGCAACUCGCAACACCUGCAUCCACGACACAGUCUGUUACUCCGUCUGAUGAGCCGUUCGAUAAUCCCACACAAUACCGUCGGAUUGUAGGGGCUUUGCAGUACCUCACCAUUUCUCGUCCUAACCUCUCAUACGCAGUGAAUCGGUUGUGUCAGUUUAUGCAUACGCAAACCGUUGAUCACUGGGGCAUGGUAAAACGGGUGUUACGGUAUAUUAAGGGCACUUUGGAUUAUGGACUCCGUCUCAGUUCUUCCCCGACUACUGCCAUACAUGCCUACUCCGACUCGGAUUGGGCUGGCUGCCCUAUUGACAGGAAGAGUACUAGCGGAUAUGCAGUGUUCUUAGGGAAUAAUCUCGUCUCAUGGUUAUCCAGGAAGCAACGGACUGUCGCUCGUUCUUCGACCGAAGCCGAAUAUAAGGCCCUAGCCGAUGUCGCUGCGGAAUUUUUUCACGCCAGGACGAAGCAUGUCGAAAUCGACUAUCAUUUCGUCCGUGAUAAGGUGGCCAGCGGGGACUUUGUGGUCAAUUUUGUUUCGACUAAAGAUCAGCUGGCUGAUGUCUUCACCAAGCCGCUGCCCGGGCCCAGGUUUAUAGCUCUGCGAGACAAGCUCAACGUUGUGCAGCUCACACCGUGUGCUUGA